AUGCACCACACCGAGACGAAGUUGUUGCAGGAAUUCCAGAACCUUGCAGUGACCUUACAAUUGGACAAGUCAGCUGCUGCGAUGAGACCGACUCAAGCGCGGGAUCUGGUGUUGGAGUGGUUCAAAACCACUGAAACAGAUUUCCUUAUCGUCUUUGAUAACGUUGAGGAUCUCCCUACUCUAGAACCGUUCGUCCCAAAAUGUAAGAAGGGGUGCAUUCUGAUCACAACUCGCUACCCUGGGAUCAAAUUGUCUUCGACCUCUACGCUUCGUCAUGUAAAGCCAUUCGGGGAGGACUUUGCGGCUCAGCUGCUUCUUAAACUGUCCCAACAGCCAGGCGAGAACUUCAGCGUAGCUCGAAGUGUCGUACAGAAGUUGGGUGGCCUAGCGCUAGGCAUAGCUCAUGCUGCAGGUGUCAUUCGCGAGACGCCACUUAGCCUCUCAGAAUUCGAUGGACUAUACGAUUCUCGUGAAGGACAGAUCGAGAUUCAUGCUAUGGACAGUACGCAAACAGUCUUUCAGUACGAAAGAUCACUCAGCACUGCUUGGGAUGUGUCCUUUCGGUCGCUUUCGGUUGAAAGCCGUCUGCUUCUCGACCUGAUGUUCUUCCUUGACCCCGAUGGUAUCCCAGAAAGGAUCUUUCAUUUGCCCAAGGCUCUACCACUGUAUCCGGCUGCCAACUUCCUAACGAGCAAAGUCAAGUACAUUUCGGCCAUCUCACACCUCUCCCGGAGGUCUCUUAUCGAACGGAACGUCUCUUCGCAAUUUCUGAGUCUCCAUAGACUACUGCAACUCGAGCUUACUCGGUCAUGGACUGCUGAUAGACGUCAAUUUUGCUUCAACGUCGCCUCUGCCAUCCUUAACUGUGCGUUUCCACUUCAUCCGGAUGGGCUUCCGAUGAACGAUCGAUGGGAUGAAUGUGCCCAACUCUUGCCUCACAUUCUUGCGCUAGUUUCCGCUUAUGGCUGCGAGCAGUCUUUGGUCGCCGUUCAAGAAUUUCCAGAGCUUCUGGUCAGAGUAGGAUGGUAUACUUAUGAGCGCCAAAACCACGCCACGUCCAUAUCGCUCUACGAGGUUGCCGAGAAGAUUUGUUUGGACAAAUUUCCCGAGUCGCUUCUCCUGGCUGACGUUUAUACCGGUCUUUGUUGCAACAUGAAGAAUCUGAAUCGGAACGAGGAAGCGGUCGCAUACGCUGAGAAGAUCGUCCGGAUCAGAGCGAAGCUUCUUCCUCCGGUGCAUAUACAGAUUGCCAACAGCUACAACGACAUCGGCAUUUCGCUCAACUGCUUAGGCAAGAUAAAAGAGGCGGCCGACUAUCAUCGUAAGGCGAUUGCAAUCAAAGAGCAGCUGGGCAACUGCCCCUUGAUCUUAAUGUGCCAAUCCUAUUUGAACCUCGCAAGAUGUUUAACACGUCUUGGCUCGCUCGAGGAUGCUAGAAGGAGUGCCGAGGAUGCACUUCGAUACGCUCAAGCCGAUCCCAUACCCUACAAGCCAUACAUUGCUAUUAACCUCUACAUUUGUGGAAAUGCACGCCUCGCGCAGGGCGCUUUGGAGGACGCCAUCUCACUACAUGUGCAGUCGCUUCUGUUGAGGAAACAGCUUCUUGGGCGCGGCGCAUACUACACGGGGUUAUCAUGUCACAAAGUCGCAACCUUGCGGCUCCAGCAGGGUAGCAUUGAAGAAGCUAUAGAGCUUAUGAAGGAGGCAUUGAGUAUAUUCGAAGACAUACCAGAGGUCGAGGGGGACGUGGCGCGGUCUUGCGUCAAACUUGGUGUUAUGUUAAAAAGGGCUGAACGGCAUGAGCAGGCGAAGGUCUUCUUCAAACGAGCGGAGGACAUAUACCAAAAGAUCACAGGUGAGAAGCUUGAAGAAGGUGCAGCACAGGAUAUGGAGGCUUAUGAGAGUUUGACUGCGUACGAUAAUCGUUGA